GCGUGUCGAGGGACGCCAUGGGAUUUGCUAAGGAAACACACAACACAGCGGCUGGACGCUCAUCAACAGACAGUUUCUGCACAGAGCAAAAAAAUCCGGCAGAUUUCUACAGUUUUGUUGCUUGAAAAUGCCAGUCCGGUUUACGGGUUUAAGUGAAUACAAGAAGAACUACAAAUGGAAGGGUUUGAGAAGCCCCUCCCCAGAGCACAAAGCCCCCUGGGCGGGACUGCGCUCUGACCAGCUGGGAAUAACCAAAGAGCCCAGCUUUAUUUCCAAGAAGAGAGUGCCUCACUGUCGGCCGCAGAUCUCCAGGUCCUUUCAGUGGGUACAUGGAGGCGAGACGCCACGGCACUCUGCUCCACGGAGAGAAGAAGCGUGCAGUCCUGUAAAAACACACACCCCCGUUACUGAGGACCAGACAGCCCCUGAAGGAGUCCAGACUCCCCUGGGCCCCCGGGUCCCCAGACUACCCCGAUCUCAAUCCAUGGAGCCGAGACCAGACAGAGCUCCGCACUCGCCCUUAGUGAACGGCAAGAGCCUGCCUUCCCUUACCGCCGAGAAGGGCGUUCCGGCUGCCCAGGGUAAUGGAGUUAACAGGGUCCUGCAGAAGAAAGCUGGGCUGAAGACAGACGUGCGCAGGAGUGUAGCCCGAAGCUCGGAGUACCAGAGACAGUUCAUGUGGAAGACUCCAUCAAAAAACUCUCCGUUACUGGCAGCAGAGCAGUUGGUUUACAACAGAAACAAGGAGGUUCCUCCGUUCAAGUCGGGCAGCUUUGUGCGUGAGAGCGAGUACCGGAGGAACUUCAAGAGCUCCCCUCCCCCAAAAGAGCUGAGACUGCGCAAGGACCUGGAGGAGCGAGAGGCAGAAAACAUCUCGCCAACCAGCAACUCAAAGUGUGAAAAGAAUAAAAAGUACAGUUCACUCCAGAAUAGGCACGUAGAUAAGGAACCACAGCUGGCUGCAGAGAAGCCGGUUUUGAAGCAGCGUAACAGUGAGGACCCACAGCUGGCUGCAGAAAAGCCAGUUUUGAAGCAGCAUAACAGUGAGGACCCACAGCUGGCUGCAGAAAAGCCAGUUUUGAAGCAGCGUAACAGUGAGGACCCAAAGCUGGCUGCAGAGAAGCUGGUUCUGAAGCAGCAGAAUCCACAGAGGCUGUUUUUUCCUCACAGAGGCUAUGGGAAAAUGAAGUCAGAAUACAAGUCAAACUUCCGGUCUCCUGUGAAGUACAGCUAUAAAGAUGGAGCCUGGAUAAAAGGGCGUGUCUCUUCAGAUGAGGAUUCACAAAGCCACCUCGCUUACAUGUGGUACAAUGAGGUGAUGGAGCUGAGGAAGAUGGCAGAGGCUUACAGGAAGAGAGCCCAAGGAACCCACUUCUCCCGAGAGCACCUGAACCAGAUUCUCUCUGAGAAGAACCGAUUCUGGGAAGUGUCUUCCUCCUCGACCCUGGAGGAGUCUGCUAGCGAUGACAUCAGAGCCCUGGACCUGGCCAGAACAAGGGUUUUGAAGAGAAGCCCCAGCCCAGUGAGGUCUGGUUCAUGCUCUCCUGUGCAGAGUGACACUUCUGCCAAGAAGUCUCCAAGCGACGACACAGAGAAAGCCAGCCUGCACAGCAGAGCCACCCUCCCAGUGAGGAGGAGACUGGCCUGGGGAGACGAGGAGAAUGAACAUGAGGAGCAGGAAACCCUGCAGAGAAGAGAGGGCGAGCAGGCCCAGGAAGAAAAGGAAGAUGAGCAGGAGAAAGAAGGCAAAGUUGCAGGACAAAAGUCAUCUGCCAGGUUUGGCUCUGAUGUCACCCCUGUGUCUUCAGACGUGAGCAAUGAAGAUGAAGGGAGACUCCCCACCCCCGAGAUGAAGAAUCAGGGAUGGGCCCCAAGAACUCACCAUGAUCUCACCACGCCAACAGUUGGUGGUGCUCUUUUGGUUUCACCACCAAAACUGGAGCCUUCUACUAAACGGGACCUACAGACAGAACCCCCUCUUGGAAAACCUUAUUCCCCCCACAAGUACCUUCCCAGAGAGUCUGCAGAGAGGACGUCGGCCAAGGUUGAUGUAGCUGGCCCGUCACUGUCUUCCAUUGCGGCAGGGUUGAAAACCAGCGACCCUCUCCCCCUGAGAGAGGACCCGAGAGAGGACAGCAGGCUGACCGACUCCCCUCCGGCAGCUGUGAGAACUCCUUCCAAGUCUUCAAACAGCACUGCCCUCAUAAACACAGCCCCUGCCUCCCUCUCCCCUCACAGGGAGGCUGUGAGCAGAAUCCAGGGGGCUUUGAGGGACCCAGAGUUCCAGCACAAUGGUAACAUUGGAGGCCCAAGACCAGGCCUGUUUAGAUUCUCUUCCAAUGACUCUGACCUCUCCAAUAAUGAUGACAGAAUGUCUCAGAUAUCUGCGAGAUCAGCAGCUUCAAGCUCUCUUGCCUCUGUGAUCCUUGAACGCGCUCAGAAGAGGAAACACAACUUUUGGGACAAGAGUUGAUGAUGUGCACUCACAUAUUGUUGAUCAAAUAUUUUAAAUUGUUUAAAUUUAUAAGCCAAAGUAAUCUUUUGACAUAAGUAAAUUCUGAUUUAUUUAAUUAUCUGAUUAUUACAUUUUUGUUGUUGUUGUUGUUGACUGACAACUUUUGAACUUGGACGCAGAUUUAAACCAUUUCGUAUCCUGAAUAUAUUUUUUAAGCAUUUGGUACUCUUUUAACAACAUGACAUUUUAUGAAAUCAAAAAGUAUGCACUUCUUUAAAUCUUAAAAGAAGAAAUAGAACCCUUCUCCUGUAAUUAGUGCAUCUCAAGCAUAAUGCUAUCAUGACAGUGUUUGUUAUCUUGUAAUGUCAGAAAUACUCCAAGUAAAUGAGUAAAUGUUU